AUGUCAGAGAGUAAAAGCAACCACUUGCAGUACAUGUCUCCAGAGACAAUGCGCAUGAUCCUAAGCCAAAGUUUAUGUCAUGACCAAGGACAAGGACAAGGACAGACGCUGGCCCCAGAGAUGCCCAUAACUGAGAUGUCUGAAGCCAAAUACACUCCUCUGCAGAAUCUCACCCAGUCACACUUGGACACACAGGCAGAGGUGAUCAACCAGGGCCCAGGCAUGUCUCAAGACACACUCCAGGCUCCACUGCCCCCCUCUCAAGCCAUUGACCUGUCCACUACAUCUGAUGGACAUGAGGUUGUUUUAGCUGGGGAAAAGACACCAAAUUGUUACGGAGAAGUGCCUGGCUUUGUUUUGGCAAAGAUCAGAGUGGAAGACACAGAUGGUUCCAACACCUGCGGCUUUCCAUCUCAGAUAAGAGGUCCCUCCAGCGCAAGAGUGUGUCUGGAGAAAAGGUUCAACUCCCUCUCAGGAACUUUAGGACAUCAAGAUAAUCCAUCUGCAGCUCUUAGCAAUUUCCUGUCAGAACUUCAGCAGUCAUCAGAGACACCGGAUGCAAACUCACAUCUGGAAAAGUGGAAACGGUGUCCCAAAAGAAGUGGCCUGACCGAGCCAUACAUAGGAGUCUUCAACCCUGUCUGUGGACCAGUCAUUUCUCACAUGGAACAACACCAGGGCUUGGUCUUUCCCAAAGGACUUCCUAUAAAUCUAUGUCCAGAAAGAGCUCUAACAAAAGAACACAUCACUAUUGGGACCUAUACGUCAGAAGAUAAACACAUUCCCCCUCCGUCACCUAAACGGAGCGAUCGUGCUAAACCCAAAUCUUCCGGCAGCCGUGUUGCUUAUCGUGUGGUUCCAUUGAGUCAGCGCAGAGAAAGACACAACAGCAAGGAGCGAGAGCGCAGGAGGAGCAUCCGUCUGUGCUGUGACGAGCUGAACCUGCUGGUACCGUUUUGUCAGACAGACACUGACAAAGUGACCACUCUGCGCUGGACGGCUGCCUACAUCCGAUACAUUAACAAGAUGUAUGGAGACGUACUGAAGGAGGAGUUCCAGAAGAUGUUUGGUGAUAAAAGGGGCCUGCAGCCGAACCCCUCCGCUGUCCGGGAGCUGCUCCUGCAGGAGACAGAGAACCAGCACCUGGCUGUGGAGCCAUAG